CCAUGGCCUUAGCGAGAUUAUCACAAGCACCAACCCGCAGUCGAUAUAUCCAUCUUUCAUUCUCCAUAAUAAAUUCCCAUUUAAUUAUUUAUUUCUUUUCGGAGAGAAAACAAAUUCAACUCGUCUUCUCCGUUCGCUGCGAUGUCGUCGGACACCGCGAAUUUGACGGCGGAGCGCCACAGCUAUUCCGUCUCCGUCCCUCUCCUCCGCUCCGCUACCAACUCCACCUCUCAGGUCGCCAUCGUCGGCUCCGACGUCUCUCCGAUCGAAAGCCUUGAUUACGAGAUUGCGGAGAAUGAUUUCUUCAAGCAGGAUUGGAGAGCUCGUGGUAAGGCUCAGAUUUUCCAGUACGUGUUCAUGAAGUGGCUGUUGUGUUUCUUCCUCGGAGUGAUUGUUAGCCUUAUCGGCUUCGCCAUCAAUCUCGCCGUUGAGAAUCUCGCCGGGGUUAAGUUCGUCGUUACUUCGAACAUGAUGUUGUCCAGAAGGUUUGGAAUGGGCUUUCUCGUUUUCACUGUUUCAAAUUUGGUUCUUACUCUGUUCGCAUCGGUCAUCACCGCUUUUGUUUCGCCAGCGGCGGCUGGCUCCGGUAUACCGGAAGUGAAGGCCUACUUGAAUGGCGUAGAUGCACCUGGGAUAUUCUCCUUUCGGACACUGAUUGUCAAGAUUGUGGGAAAUGUAUCUGGAGUAUCAGGAUCUCUUCUCAUAGGAAAGGCAGGACCGAUGGUGCACACCGGUGCAUGUGUGGCAUCAUUGCUUGGUCAGGGUGGCUCCAAGAGAUAUGGCUUGACUUGGAAAUGGCUCCGCUACUUCAAAAAUGACCGAGAUCGAAGAGAUCUCGUGACUUGUGGAUCAGCUGCUGGUAUUGCUGCCUCGUUCCGUGCCCCAGUCGGCGGUGUCCUGUUUGCACUCGAGGAAAUGUCUUCUUGGUGGCGGAGCGCGCUUUUAUGGAGAACUUUCUUCACAACAGCUGUGGUCGCAAUCAUCCUUCGGGCUCUAAUCGAUGUUUGUUUAAGUGGAAAAUGUGGGUUAUUCGGUAAAGGGGGCCUAAUAGUGUUCGAUGUCUAUUCAAAAAGUGUGCCAUAUCAUUUGGGAGAUGUGCCUCCUGUUAUUCUUCUUGGAUUUUUCGGGGGCAUCUUGGGAAGCAUUUACAACUUUCUGCUCGAGAAGGUUCUGCGAACAUACAAUCUCAUUAACGAGAAAGGUGUUGCUUGGAGAAUUCUCCUUGCUUGUGCAAUUUCCAUUUUCACAUCCUGCCUUCUUUUCGGAUUACCAUUCCUUGCUCCCUGUCAACCUUGCCCGCUGGGUGCAUCAGAAGACUGUCCUACGAUUGGCCGGUCGGGCAACUUUAAGAAAUAUCAAUGUCCCCCGGGUCACUACAACGACCUUGCAAGCCUUAUCUUCAACACAAAUGACGAUGCUAUAAAAAAUCUUUUCAGCAAGAACACUGAGUAUGAGUUCCAUUACCUCUCUGUUCUCAUAUUCUUUGUCACCUGCUUCUUUCUCAGCAUCUUGAGCUAUGGCAUUGCUGCUCCUGCGGGUCUCUUUGUGCCAGUCAUCGUGACGGGAGCUUCAUAUGGAAGGCUUGUCGGGAUGUUACUUGGUUCAAGCUCGAAUCUUAAUCACGGUCUAUUCGCUGUGCUUGGUUCCGCUUCUUUUCUGGGUGGAUCAAUGAGGAUGACGGUUUCCUUGUGCGUGAUCCUCCUCGAGCUGACCAAUAACCUUCUGCUUCUGCCUAUGAUGAUGCUGGUUCUUCUGAUUUCCAAAACCGUAGCCGAUGCUUUCAAUCCCAACAUCUACAACCUCAUCAUGAAGAUUAAAGGGUUCCCGUACUUGCAGACACAUGCGGAGCCUUACAUGAGGCAGCUUACUGUUAGUGAUGUCGUCUCUGGCCCGCUUCGGGUCUUCAAUGGCAUCGAAAAAAUCGAGAACAUAGUACAUGUUCUUAGAACUACCAACCAUAAUGGCUUUCCCGUGGUCGAUGAACCACCCUUCUCUGCAGCUCCGGUUCUUUACGGUCUGGUCCUCCGUUCUCAUAUUCUGACGCUGCUAAAGAAGCGGGUUUUCUUGUCACAUCCCAUUCCAUCCGGCCCCGAUGUUCUUGCCAAAUUCACGGCAGACGAUUUUGCGAAGAAGGGUUCCGGCAUUGGCGAUGGAAUAGAAGACAUAAAUUUGACAGAAGAAGAGAUGAAUAUGUAUUUGGAUUUGCAUCCGUUCUCUAAUGCUUCACCCUACACUGUCGUGGAGACGAUGUCCCUUGCAAAAGCCCUCGUCCUCUUCCGGGAGGUCGGCCUGCGACACUUACUGGUCAUACCAAAGGUCUCCAAUAGGCCUCCGGUGGUGGGAAUAUUGACGAGGCACGAUUUCAUGCCGGAACACAUACUGGGUUUGCACCCUUCUCUGUUCGGAAGCAGGUGGAAAAGGCUCAGGAUCCGGCUUCCUCUUAUCCCGAGCUUCUGCCUACGCUCAUGAGCCCCUGUAAGAGAAGGUCUAUCCCUUAUAAAUUCAAAAUGUUCAUGGCUAUAUUUGAAACCAUAACAUAAUUGGUGUAUUAAUAUACUAAAAUUAAAACUCGUAUAUUCACUGGUACAAAAUGAUUAAUCAAUUACUUGAUAGUUUAUUUAUUUA